AUUAUUUAUUCAGCGACACCAACAUUUUCUCGCAGCUCAUUGGUAUUGUUGUUUCAACCCCAUCACAUCACCCCAUUAUAUCCCUAAGAAACCAUGGCCGCAUUCGUCAUUGAAGACAAGGACCUAGCCGGCCUCAGGGGCAAGGUUGUCAUCGUUACCGGAGGCUCAUCUGGCAUCGGUCUUGCCACUGUCGCCACGCUCCUCUCGCAGGGAGCCUCUGUUGUCAAUGCCGACCUUCAGGCCCCCGCUCAGCAGCCCGAGGGCGCUUACACAUUCGUGCAAGCCAAUGUAGCCAUUUGGGCCGACCUGGUGGUGCUGUUCAAGACCACCAAAGAGAUCUACGGCCGCGUCGAUCACGUCUUUGCUAAUGCCGGUGUCGGACCUCGCACCGACUAUCUAUCUACCGAAGUAGAUGAGAACGGAGAUCUCAAGGAGCCCUCACACCAGCUUUUGGAUGUCAGCCUCAAGGGUGUUAUUAACACGGCAACCCUCGCCAUUCACUACAUGCGAGACCAGCCUGAAGGUGGAAGCAUUGUAAUCAACGGCUCAUCGACUGGCUUGCAACGCCUCCGCGCUGUGGACUAUGCCACGGCCAAACACGCCGUGCUUGGCUUUGGUCGAGGUCUCGUUCCGCUCCUCGACGCCGCGAAGCUGCCCAUUCGAGUCAACACCCUGGCUCCCACCUGGACGGAUAGCAGCGUGCUCCCCAACCUCAAGGCCAUGAUGGAAAGCAUCGGCAUUGUGGUGCAGCCUGCCUCAGCCGUGGCCCGCGCCGCAGCUGUACUGAUGGCCGACACAUCUCGAAACGGACACGUGAUCCACGUGCAAGACGGCAAGUACCAGGAGAUUGACGAAGCUGUGCUUCUCCCGGCAUUCGUGUCUAUCAAGGGUCCAGACUUCCCUAGCGAGGAUGACGUCCUCCGGCGCCUGACAGAGGCCAGGUUGGCUGCUGAGGCUGAGGCUGCCAAGGCUGAAGCGUAGGGGUAGCUGAUAACUAGAUACCACCAUGAAUUUACGCAUUGGACUCAAAGGAGCAUUCCACGACGAGAACCGCCUGAUCUAUCUCAAAGAGAUACUACGUCGCAACUUACGUGUGUGUUUGGUCUAGACUUCAGCGGGCGUUAGCGUAUGUCGAUCGCCAUGGAUUAGUGUAACCGAAAGCGGACGCAAGGAAGCAAGGGUUGACACAG